UUCUGGGAGUCGUAGUUCUCCGCUGCGUUCGUGUAACUGGGUCUACUAGUCCCAAAAUGCAGCUCUACAGCCCGGGUUCCCUAGUUACUGUCUCUAAGCGCUGGAGUUGGUGUUUGGAGAGAGGGAUUCAGGCUUAUCAAAAUCUUGGCUUUGUUGCAAAAGCAAGUCAGGAUUUAACUUCUCUCUGGUGAACAAGUGUGCAGAUUGUGACCUAUGUCAGUCCAAGAAAUAAAUAAACAUGCAGUUCUCCCUCCUAUCAUCUGUAGAGGUGACAAGGAAUUUUUGGAAAGUAUGCAAAGAUACAUAAUGACAGAAACGGAAAGGCUGGGCUGCAGUGAGGAAGGACCUGCCGAUGAAUAUUACAUCAUAUACCGAAACGUUUUUGAUAAGGUAAUAGAGUAUGUCACUACAUACAAAUCCGUUCUUACUUCAAUCAAAAAAGAAUAUGACGACUUUAUUGAGACAAUAAAGAAAGACCAAAGAACUGCGUUUUGUCUUCAUGGAAAACUUAAAGUCUUCGCAGCAGAGCCCACAGCUUUGGUAUAUCACAGGAAAAGAACAAUACAACUUAAAACAAAAAUGAAGACUAUUGAAAAUAACUCCUCAAAGAUUCAAUCUCAAAUAGAUCAAAUGAAACAUCUUAGGGCAGAAUAUGAUACGAAAGAAGUAAAAUAUUGUACUUCCUCCAAAGAUCCAUCAAAACCUAUUCCAGGCAUGACUCUCCAAGAGUCUGUCAGUUUAGAUGCUCUCACUAAAUACAUGAAACAUCUUGAAAAUAAAUAUGCAGAAAUUAAGCAAACUAUGUCAACAAAAUAUGUACCAGCUCAGAGGAAGACUGAUUUAGAUGAAGCAAUGGUUGCAUUAUUAAAGCGGCGAGAUAUAGCAGAAAAUCAGAACAAAGAAUUACAGCUUUGUCAUCAAAGGCUGCAGAUAAUUUCACAUGCACUUACUUCAUGGGUAAAAUCUGAUAGGAGCAGCUCAUUUCAAGACUUCGUGGAGCACAUCCAGAAAACCAAAGAUUUACAUGAUGACCAAGGCAUUGUGGAGGAACUAUUGGAAGAUGAUCCAAGCAAGGCAAAAGAAGCUGAAAUUACACUGUACUACAUUGAAAGGUUUAAUGAAUUAAUCUCACUUGGUGAAUAUGAAAAGGCAGCUUGUUUUGCAGCAAACAGUCCUAGAAGAAUUCUUCGAAAUAUUGGUACAAUGAAUAAAUUUAAGGGUGUUGGAAAAAUUAGAGGAAAACCUCUCCCAUUACUCUUAUUUUUUGAGGCCCUCUUUAUCACAAGUCGUGCUUUUAGACAUCCCGUUGAUGCAGAUCUAACCUUGGAAGGAAUUAAGUGUGGACUCUCUGAAAAACGGUUAGAUUUAGUUAUCAAUUGGGUUACCCAAGAAAGGCUGACAUUUUCUGAGGAGGCUGGGGAUGUGAUCUGUAAUUAUGGGGAGCAAGAUACUUAUAACAAGUCCAAGUGCCUGGCUUUAGCUCAGAUUAUCUACAGUGAAUGUGGCCUGCACAAGAAAACUCUUCUUUGCCUGUGUAAACAGGGUCAGAUUCAUGAGGCCAUGGAAUACCUACAGCAAUUCAGGGACUUUACUUCUGAUGACCUGUUGCAGCUAAUCACAUUGUGUCCUCAAAUUGAAUUAAUUCAAUGUCUCACCAAAGAAUGGAAUGGGAAACUACCAUCUUUAUCUUUUGGUCUUGCCAUACUUCAUCUAUUCUCUGUAGAUCUGAAAAAAGUUGGCAUUAAGCUACUUCAAGAAAUAAAUAAAGGUGGGAAAGAUGCAAUAGAAUAUCUUGUGGUAAAUGAUUCAUUUUGCUCCCUGGAAAAGUGGCAAGAAAUGGCAGGUAUAUGUUUACAGAAUGGCUUUGAGAGAUUAUCUAAUGACAUCAUGUCCAUUCUUCGAUCUCAGGCUGGAGUUACAGAAAUUUCUGAAGAGGACGAUACAGUCAACUUAAUGGAACAUGUUUUUUGGUAGUUCCAUAUCUUAACCAGUUGAGGGAGCUUGUACAACAUUUUUAUGUAUGUAUGGCAAACUGAUUUUAGCAUAACUAACUUAUAAAUAAAUAUAGAGUUAAAAACUCUCAGAAAUAAAUCAUGCUUCUUUUGUUAUGAUGA